GGGGGCGCGGGCGGUGGGUCCCCGGCGGGUGGCUGGGCCGUGGCGCGCCUCGAGGGCCGCGAGUUCGAGUACUUGAUGAAGAAGCGCUCGGUGACCAUCGGGCGCAACUCGUCGCAGGGCUCGGUGGACGUAAGCAUGGGCCACUCGAGCUUCAUCUCGCGGCGCCACCUCGAGAUCUUCACGCCCCCGGGCGGCGGCCAUGGUGGGGUGGCCCCCGAGUCGGCGCAGCCCGGGCCCGACGCCGGCGGCGACUUCUACCUGCGCUGCCUCGGCAAGAACGGGGUGUUCGUGGACGGCGUGUUCCAGAGGCGCGGGGCGCCUCCGCUGCAGCUGCCGCGCGUGUGCACAUUCAGGUUCCCGAGCACAAACAUCAAGAUAACAUUCACUGCCCUGUCCAGCGAGAAGAGGGAGAAGCAGGAGACCUCUGAGUCCCCAGUGAAGCCCGUGCAGGCCCACAUCUCGCCCCUGACCAUCAACAUUCCAGACACCAUGGCCCACCUCAUCAGCCCCCUCCCUUCCCCCACAGGAACCAUCAGUGCUGCAAACUCAUGCCCAUCCAGCCCCAGGGGAGCGGGGUCUUCGGGAUACAAAAUGGGCCGUGUGAUACCGUCUGACCUCAAUUUAAUGGCCGACAGCUCACAGCCAGAAAAUGAAAAGGAAGCUUCAGGUGGAGACAGCCCAAAGGAUGAUUCAAAGCCACCUUAUUCCUAUGCACAAUUAAUCGUACAAGCAAUUACGAUGGCUCCUGAUAAACAACUCACCCUAAAUGGAAUUUAUACGCACAUCACUAAAAAUUAUCCAUACUACAGGACUGCGGACAAGGGCUGGCAGAAUUCAAUUCGCCACAAUCUCUCUCUGAAUCGUUAUUUCAUCAAAGUACCACGUUCCCAGGAAGAACCAGGCAAAGGCUCAUUCUGGAGGAUAGAUCCUGCCUCUGAAAGCAAAUUAAUAGAGCAGGCUUUUAGGAAAAGACGGCCUAGGGGCGUGCCUUGCUUUAGAACCCCUCUGGGACCGCUCUCCUCUAGAAGUGCCCCAGCCUCUCCCAAUCACGCUGGAGUGCUGUCUGCUCACUCCAGUGGUGCCCAAACCCCCGAGAGCCUGUCAAGGGAAGGUUCACCGGCCCCCCUGGAGCCUGAGCCUGGGGCCUCACAGCCCAAACUCGCCGUCAUCCAGGAGGCACGGUUUGCCCAGAGUGCACCAGGCUCACCUCUGUCUAGUCAGCCCGUUUUAAUCGCUGUGCAACGGCAGCUGCCGCCAACGAUCAAGCCCGUCACCUACACUGUUGCCACCCCCGUGACCACCUCGACCUCCCAGCAGCCCGUCGUGCAGACAGUUCACGUCGUCCACCAGAUCCCAGCGGUGUCUGUCACCAGUGUGGCUGGACUGGCCCCGGCAAGCACAUACACUGUUGCCGGGCAGGCCGUGGUCACUCAGGCUGCCGUGCUGGCCCCUCCUAAGGCAGAGCCGCAAGAGAAUGGAGAUCACAGAGAAGUAAAAGUGAAAGUAGAACCUAUUCCUGCGAUUAGUCAUGCCACGCUAGGCGCUGCUAGCCGGAUCAUUCAGACGUCACAGACCACCCCUGUCCAGACGGUCACCAUAGUGCAGCAGGCGCCUCUAGGUCAGCACCAGCUACCCAUAAAAACUGUAACGCAGAACGGGACUCACGUGGUGCCCAUCCCCACCGCCAUCCACGGCCAGGUGAACAGUGCAGCAGCGAGUCCUCUGCACAUGCUGGCGACACAUGCAUCGGCGUCAGCCUCCCUGCCCACAAAGCGCCAGAACGGCGACCAGUCAGAGCAGCCGGAGCUGAAGCGAGUCAAGACCGAAGAUGGCAAGAGUAUUGUCAUUGCCCUGAGUGUGGACACGCCGCCGGCAGCCGUGAGGGAGAAGGGCGUCCAGAACUAGCGACUGGGAGAGCUUUUCUUCCCUUAACAUCAACUCUGUGGUGCCAAAAGGAGACACUGCCUCUCACCGACGCUCGGAGCGCAUACUCUCGGUGGGUAGAGGGCCCUGCGGUUGGACGUCACCUCAGCACUGAAAACACAAAACCCAGGUGGCCUUAAAACUCCUUAAUUUAAAGACAGAAGUCACAUUGAACAAAACACAUGCAACAAAACCUGGUUCUGGCAGUGUCUCCCCACCCCGCGCUCAGCUUUUAACUCCGAGUAAAGACUCACAGACCUUCCGAGUGAGGAUGGCGCCUGGUGCAAAGCGGAUCUGCUGGGACAGGGGCCCCCUCUAGGGGAUGGGGCAGGAGCCACCCUGCCACCCUCAGAGGACCUGCAGGGCUGGCACUGGUAGAUGAGACAGUAUUUUGUUCACAUGUGGAAUUAGAAUAUCUUGAGGUGUACUUUCUUUCUUUACAAAAUAAUGGGGUCUUUGACAUUUCAGAUCACUCCAUUUCUACUCUGGAAAUUUUGGAAUCACACAGGACCAUUCGUGUGGAUUUCAUUUGGGGAAAAGAAACAACGUAGUUUUGUUUGUUUUUAUUGUUUGUUUUCAGCCUAUGGAAUGAUUUACUUUUGUCUGUCCUGUUAAAGUUCAGAUGGAGCUACUUGGUGACAUUGCGAAUUUUCCGUGUUAGAGCAGGUGCCAGAUGAAUUUAAUCCACCUCCGUUUCAGUGACGGACGAUGACAGACGGACGCCCGCGGUCUGCACGGAAACACAACGGAAAGGACUCCGGACUCCUGCCGGACUAGCGGCCUCAAGGAGCUGCACUUAACUGGUUCUCUUUCUUGCUACUUUUUGUUGUUUGUUUAUUUGUGUUGACUCUAAGUAAAGUAAGUCUCCCGAGUAUUUUGUGUGUUUCAAACAACAGAACUAUGACUCUUUCAUCUGGAAAAAGAUUCAGUCUUUCAUCACACACCCUUUCAAACAAAUGUCACAGAUCUUUCUGGGGCAUGAUCGUUGUUUUAGGUGCCGUCACCAGCUCUCGGCAUCGCCCAACCAGCUAUCUACACUGCAUUUGCCCUGCUCACGGCGAGAGCAGCUGCUGGGGUGGAGCAGAAGCUGCAUGAUAGCACGAGGGGUUGGAAGCAAGCGCCCUGUGGUUCAGCAUUGGAAACAUCUAGGUCGUUUUCUGAUUUGUAGUAGGAAAUUCCCUUCAACCUUUCAGAACUGAAUCCCAUAUUAAGGCUGACCUCUCCUACAAAAAUAAAAGCGAGAGGAAAGUAAACAAAGGUGAGAGAAUGAGAAGUAGGAGGCCCUGCAACCUCAGCCCAUGCUCCUCCAGAAGAAAACCACUCACCUUUCCAGAGUGUUCCGAGGGUCAGGGCUGAGCAGCCAUGCAAAUAGAAAGAGGGCUUUGGCCUUAUUGUGAAUUUUUAAAUGUCAUCAUUAUAACGUUAUUUAUUUAAAUGUAGUUAUUUUGGUAUUUAAUUUUUUUUUAAAGAGAGGGAAAAAAAUCUGUAUUUUCCUGGUGGAAUGAAACGGCUCAGAAUGGUAUAUUUAGGCAAUUUUAAAACAUUUAUUAUUUACCUGAAGACCAAAUAUGAUAAAUCUGUUCUAAGUAUUGUGUGUCAAUCCACAGUAUGGAGCUGUCACAAUGUUACUGCAGAUAACGCAUAUUAAAAAUUAUGAAAUUACUGCACACUAGCUGGAUUUAUAACUCAGCCAUUUAAAAAAUAAAAAUGAAACCAUCAUGUGAA